AUGGCCCCGCCCGCACUGAGUCUUAAGCAGCGACUAGCAGCGCUCACUGUCAAUACCCCGGCGUCACCCAUAUCACCCAUCUCUCGGACUCCUGCCUUUCCUUCGCCGAGAACACCGAACAAUGGAUUUGGACUGGUGGAUGUGGAAGAACAAUACGAGGGAAUGAGGCCAGAGGAAAGAGAGCAGAUAGACAAGGCUUUGAAUGCAGUGAUUACCCAAGCAGGUGUUGACUAUGAAACCAGGCCUAUGGUUGUGGUCACAGCAGCCUCUUUUCCAGAUCCACGCCUUAUAUCCUAUGAUAUUCUCCUUUCCCGAAUCAUAGCGUAUCUCGACUUGUAUGUUGAAAAUGACUAUGUCGUCGUAUUUUUAGCUGCCGGUGGUCGACAUACGCCAAGCUGGAACUGGAUAUGGAAAGCUUAUAGGAGCAUGAGUCGAAAAUACCGUAAGAAUCUGAAACGAUUGUUAAUUGUCCAUCCAACGUGGUUUUCCAAGAUGUUUGUAUCGCUCGCGGGCGCAGUCCUCAGCCCAAAAUUCUUUCGCAAGAUUACAUAUGUUUCUACACUCUCUGAACUCGCACGUCACGUCCCUUUGACACAAAUUGAAAUUGCCCCUGCAGUCUACAAGUAUGACGUUCCUCUAAUUCAUCUCCGGCUUAUGGGACCCGAUGGUGAAUCUUCACCAGUACCCCGAGUAAUCCGAGAUUGCGUCGAGUAUCUCAGAUCAGAAGGUCCCCUCGGUCUGAACCUUGAGGUUGAAGGCUUGUUCAGACGAAGUCCCAACGUCGGGCUGUUGAGAAGCGUCAGGGAAGCUUAUGAUCGAGGUAACCAAGUUACACUCGCUCAAUACCACGACCCUCAUAUCGCCGCCGUCCUCAUCAAAAAGUUCCUCCGUGAUCUCCCAGAACCGAUAUUCUCCGGCUCUCUCUACCCUAUUAUCGCCAAAUGUCCGCCUAGCACCGGCUGGGGCGUCGAUGGCCUCUCAGGGCCUCCUUCCUCUAAAUUGGUUGCUAAUGGAACUGUCAGUCUGGGCCUCUCGAAUGGGACCGCGAAUGGAAUAAACGGGAGGGGCCAUAAACGAGUUGGUAGUGAAGCUGAAAUGGCUACCGUGGGAGGAUGGGGCGAGGGAGACGCGUGCGUAGAGUACAUCCGUGAAGUGUUGUUGCCUGCAAUGGGCUGGGGAUGCCGGGUGGUCUUGUUGGGAUACAUCUUCCACCUCCUUCAUGACGUAUCCCUCCGGUCCAGCGUCAACAGAAUGGAUGCACAUAACCUAGCUUUGUGUAUCUCGCCCAAUCUUGUCCGUUCAAAUGACCCCAUCCGCGACGUCAAGAUGUGUGCCGUACCAGGCGCAGCAUCCAUGACGGGCGGAACGUGGAAUACCCCGGGCGCUGGCCCUGCACCUCCAGCUCCCCCUCGAAAAGCAGGUUCUACCACUCUAGGCGACAUUGUCAGAGUAUGCAUCGAACGAUACUUUGAAAUCUUUGAAGAUGUUCCAGACCGGGGCGACGCGUUGCCCGUACCUUCCGAACUGAAAUUCGACGAUGAGGCGGGGACUUUGGUUGAUAUGAGCAGGUCGAGUCUGAUGGGGAGUGCCGUUCUCGUUGACGACAGCCCCACCGAGCCAUCCUCCGGUGACACCAGUCUCACAACCCUCGAUAGCGUACCUCGCUCGAGCGUGGACAUUGAAGACGACGAGCUGAACGAGGCCAUGCUCGUCAUGUCCGUCACGCCCGAACCUCCAGCGCCCCGUUCUCCACGAAGCAUGCGUGCAGGAAUAAACCUCAUGUCCAAGUCCACCGGAACACUCGCCCCCUCUUCUUGGUCCCGCUCUCUAAAGCCGGGUAGUGCCCCCGUCUCGCCGAGACUUCCAAGCGCAUCUACCUCGGCUCUCGGUUCGUCUCCUGCCCGACCUACUGUCCCGCUCGGUUCUCCGGCAAACCGCCAUCGCCGCACGCCCUCUGCCAACUCGACCGCGUUCUCUGUCGCACAUACCACAGGCCAGAAUUCAACAUCUGGUCCAGGGUCCACGAUCCGUGGGGCUCGGUCGGUGAUUAGCAUCGAAAAACAGGCAGGCUCGAGAAAGGGGUCGAUUGCGCUCGGGAGGUCUGGGAGUGCAGGUGCGAGCGGGGUCGCUGCUCUAGGAGUGACCGCCAAUGGGUUUUUUGAGAGGCCUAAUUGA